AAUCAAAGAGCUCCACGGAAGGCCGCUUCCUGUCUUUUCUUUCUUUUUGUGCUUUCACGCACGGCAUCAGUCUGCGAUUUGCCGUAUGAAAGAGAGUGCCAGCAGGUCAGUCGCCGUCUUCGUCAGCGACCCCGACGGUCACAAGCUCGCCUGGAAGAAGAGACUGCUCGCACGUUUCGUCGUAGGAAACGCUUCUAAGUGCCUCAAAAUGAACCUCAUCAUCGGCACGUUGGGCCUCCUGGCCCUCAUCACGAUGGUGUGGUCGGCCGAGGAAAAAGUCAAAGGUCCUAAAGUUACCGACAAGGUGUACUUCGACAUCGAGAUUGGAGGCGAACCUGCCGGUCGGAUAGAAAUCGGUCUGUUUGGCAAGACUGUGCCAAAAACUGUCCAGAACUUCAAGGAACUGUGCCAAAAGCAUCAGACCGAGAAAUCCAAAGAUGGUAGCCUUGUUGGCUACAAAGGCAGCAAGUUCCAUCGUGUCAUCGCGGACUUUAUGAUCCAAGGUGGUGACUUUACGAAAGGAGAUGGCACUGGAGGACGUAGCAUCUAUGGAGAGCGAUUUGAGGAUGAGAACUUCAAGCUCAAGCAUUAUGGUGCUGGCUGGGUCUCGAUGGCCAAUGCUGGAAAGGACACUAACGGGUCGCAGUUCUUUAUCACGUGCAAGAAGACCACUUGGUUGGAUGGCAAGCACGUGGUGUUUGGCAAAGUUGUUGCUGGAAUGGACAUAGUGCGCAAGGUGGAGAAGCUUUCCACAGAUAGCAGGGACAGGCCAACGAAAGACGUUGUUAUUGUAGACUCUGGCGUGCUAACCGUGGAGGUUCCUUUCCCCACCGCUCGUGCCGAUGCCACAGACUAGGCGAAAGGAAGACCACAAGGAGAGAGUGCUCGAUCAUCCCAUACUCAUUUACUGCACUCUUUUCUUUUCACUGCCAAAGGGUACUUUAAGAAUCGGCAAUCCCCAUUUCUGAAUCAUUCCAUAUACAUGCAGGCUUGUUAAGUGAAGACUGUGCUCAGGCGUUUUGGGGCUUUUUUUCUUAAAACACAGUGUAAAUAAAUUUGUUACUUUGUUUA